AUGAUGCAUCGCUAUUGGAUUCGUCUACUGUUUAGAUGCUUAGUUGGCAUUUUUAUUUUAUUUUAUUUGGCUCGUUCAACACCUUUGAUUUCUGCAUAUUUUAAUACUGACUACCGUCGAAGAAGACCUCAAUGUGCUUGUUCAAGACCUGAUUUACCUCAAUUAGAUGUUAAGUCAACAUCAAGUAUGAUCACAUCUCAAUAUUAUCUCUGUAAUCAAUAUGCCAAUCAACGAGGACCACAUCAACGUAUUAUUUCUAUUAGUCUUUUUGGCCCAAAAGAAAAUAAAAUCUUUCAAUAUAAUCGAUCAUUUACUUUUUUGAACCAACUCAUCAAUGAUAUCAAUAUAAUUUAUCCCGAUAAUUUUACAUUACGUAUUCAUCAUGAUGAUGCAAUUUCGUUGUCAGACAUUGUAUGUCCCAUAGAAUGUCGAUAUUCAAAUGUUGAUUUUUGUAGUAUGAGUUCUAAAUUAUUUAUUCCGCCAAAAAUCUGGCGUUUUAUACCUGCUGGUGAUCCAUUUGUUGAUAUUAUGAUGAGCCGUGAUCUUGACUCAGCAUUAACACGACGUGAACGUGCAGCAGUUGAUGCAUGGCUUGCCUCUAAUAAAUCAUUUCAUGCUAUGCGCGACCAUCCGAUGCAUGGGGUGCCUAUGCUUGGUGGAAUGUGGGGCUUUCGACCUUCACUGGAUCGAAACAUGUCUCGUUUGAUACAUGAUAAAAUUCACAAUCGAGACUUAAUAAGGCGUUAUGGUGGCCGUCGUGAUCAAUCGUUUCUUUCCGAACAAGUAUGGCCACAAGCUAAAUCAAGUAUUAUUGUCCAUGAUAGUUUUCUUUGUAAAAAUGGUUAUGGUCAAAAACCAGAACCAUUUCCAACACAACGUCCAUCAAUGAAUCAAACUGAUUGUUUUGUAGGUUGUGUGCGACCUUGUUGUGGUCAUGCAAAAAUACCUUUUGGUGAAUGUCCGAAAGAAUGUCGUCCAAAAGACCACCCAGAAUGGAUUUAUUGUUAA